CAGCACAGUACACCUCAAAAGCGUCUUUCGGCCUGCUGCUGCCGCUGCUGCUGUUAUACACAAACGCAAGCGCACUGACGCCCCAAUCGACCCGACCCCUUACUCAUCUCGGCGUCAAAGACAUCAAUCUUUCCAUCACAAUGAAGUGUUCCCUGAUUUCAUACGUGAUUCUUCUUUCAACUAUAACCUGCCUCGUAAGUUCACAAGAAUCACUUCGUGGAUUAUGGGAUUGGGUGACAGGUAUUUUUAAGAAAAAUCAAAACCAACCGAACGCCACUUUAUUUGUCAACUUCAUGCUGUCAUGUGUUCCUGGAAAAGUUUUCAUGUACGAUCACAAUGUGUGUUUUUGCAACGUUUUCGGUACAAAAAUUACUUGCAAGAGAAAAAUGUUUUCAACGUUAGUUCCUCAGUUACAUCGAAAUCAAUUACAAAAUAUCACAGUCGAUUGCAGUCCAGGCAAAUAUUUUAAGAAGUCAUGUAAGGAAUGCGUGUGCCACUCCAGUGGAAAAUUCGCGUCUUGCGUGUAUGAAGCAUGUUCAAAAACUCAAAAGAUAGUAGAAACGCGAGAUAAGUGUAUUCCCGGCUCGGUAUUCAAUGAUCGUUGUAAUGGAUGCAUAUGUGGCCCCAAUGGUACAGCCGCUUGUACUACAUUGGGCUGUGGUUUGCAGGAAUGGAAAGAUAAUGAUUCAACAAAAUGUGUGCCAGGCUCUACCCUGAUGGUAGGAUGCAAUGACUGCUUUUGCGCCAAGGAUGGAUUAAAACUCAACUGCGAGAAAAUGGGCUGUGAGCCUAUGUCGUUUUAUCAUGAAAGCAUUCUAAAUAUAACAAUGAAGUGUAUCUCGAACCAGAGAUUUGACUAUAACUGUCAUCAGUGUAUUUGUGAUAGUCAAGGAAAUUUUGCGAUGUGCAGUGGAAAACCGUGUCCGCAUAAAUACAACUUUAUGGGAGUGAACGAUAUUGUAGAAGACUGCAACCCUGGAAUGAUUUUCGCGAAUAAUUGCAAUGUAUGCAUCUGUGGUCAAGAUAGAAAAGGGGUAUGUACAACAUUUAGCUGUAAAACGCUUUAUGGCUUUAUGUACGUUGACGAUUUGAAUUUUGUUGAACCCGAAUAAUCAUAAGAGCUAUAUUACAUUAUUUAUGUUUUCCUACCUUUACACUAUACUGUAUCAACUGGCUUAGUAAUAUCUAAC